GGCAAUCACCUCUCUUUCAUCUUGCCACCAUCGUAGGACCACCGUAUCGAACCUAUACUCUUUCACCUCUUUAUUAAGCACUGGUGGGCCCCUUGAAUCAGGUGUCUUGAUGAUGUAAUUGAUUCACUCGUUCACUUAAAGCGUACUAUUCGCAAGAUGGGGACACGAGGAUACCGAGUUUACCGCCACAAAGGCAAAUACUUUAUCUCCUACAACCACUUUGACUCCUACCCUGAGGGUCUCGGUGUACAAUUGCUUCAGGAAAUACCGACGGACCCCGAAGAAUUUGAGCUGUGGGUGCAACACCACAGGCAAAUGUUGGACCAAGAACUCGAGGCAUUUCUCUCUGCCGGGGGAGAGCGCGACGCAUAUAACUCUGACCUGCGGAUCGAAGAUGAGGCUCCUCGAAAUGAUCUAUUCAUCGAAUGGAUCUACGAAAUGGAUUUUGACAGGAUGAUCUUUCAUGUUGACUCUCAUCCCGUCUACCGGCUGGAUCAUAUGCCACCUGAGGACGUAUUCCUUGAAGGGAUCGAUUUCGAUCGCUAUAACAACCGUGCUUGCGCGGAUAGCGUACCGGCAGAGUAUCGCUACAUUAUACGUGCAGCGCCCACUCCGUCUCUAUCCCACCACGUUCUUGAAGUGUACAACGCGUACAAAGCUGACGUUGUCGCUUUGCCUAUCCACCAGGUACUCCAUCGUUCGCACUCACUUUCCCACCAGGAGACUGUAUGCAAACAUUUCCUCGAACUUAUUGUAGGAAGCUUAAUAGUGAAUGAGGGUCGGUCACUUCAUUUCCUUGACGAGAUUCCCAACCGCGAAGCUUUUUCGGUGAAGCAUCUGGAAAUAUUGAGAAGCCUUAUUGAGGCGUCUCUUUUCCCAUCUGCUUUCGCUGGCUAUGAAGCGAAAGAUAACUCUGAUAAAGAGAUGUCUCCUAGCUCCAAUGCCAACUUGUUGGUCGACUUCUGGUGGAUUCGCAGACACAUCUGCGUCCGGUUUACUACACAUCUGCAGCACGAGUCGGGUUUGCGAUCUGCGAUUGCCGAGCUCGCUACGGAGAUCUUCGGCGCAGAUGCAGGUCCCCAGCCUAUCGUCUAUGGGGUAGCUUUCUCGAUUUCUCAUAUAGUUAUCGCGCGAUUUGACAAACCUACCAAACGGCUUGUGCAUACUGAAUGCCUGCCAUUCCUUCCUUCUUUCUACGCAGACUCCCCAUCGACGCCAGGAAUCACUGCAAUGACAUACUUGGCCAGUGUUCCAGCUGAAGAUGACAGUUCCUGGUUUCUGCAACGUUUGACUCACAUUUAUACGGCACCUACGAUCACAUCUUGCCAGGCUGUUGCACAUCCUGUUGCUUCGACCCAUACACCAUCGCUUCCCACUGAAAUUUGGAUGCGCAUUAUAUCAUUCAUCGACGAUCCGUAUAGUCUUAGUGCCCUUGCCAGGGCUUCCCGUCGAACCAUGGCCAUAGUUGGGGCAUCGGACUGGCUAAGAUACCCUCGCAUCCGAGUUUCUGACCGAGUUUCAGAAGAGUUUAUUGCACUUUGUGUACUUCAAGAUGUUGCACCUUCGCCGGACUCGUUUUCGGAAGAGUGCAAGUAUCUUUUCAGCGCCGCUUUUGAGACAAUCUGGCAAGAGCUGUAUGCCGUGGUCUUUCUCUCUGCCGUGGAAUGCCCAAUAUUGGAUGAGCAGGACGAAUCCUAUACCGAGAUGGCCAUGGUCGAUAUCAAGUUUGGAGCCCAAAUCAGGUAUACUCUCCCCACAGUUAUAGCAACCAAUGCUGGGAGGAGUGGUUUGCAUGAAGAUAAGAUGAAUUAGAUACAUUCGAAUCAAAAGUCUGGUUAAGACAUCAACAGGGAAGGUAUGUCCUGUCAUAUUCAGCACCUCCGUCUCUGAUCAGCGUAGAACAGAACGGGAAAUGUAUAAAAACAAACGAGCCCCCCAUACUACACUCAUGUAUGAUUGCCACUCUCCGAUUCAUGCACGCAGCAUAUAUCUCUGUAACUGCUAGUAAGCAGUUGUGUUGUGAACUCAAUCACACGUCGAAGUAAAGAUCUUCGGUUGCAUCCAC